AGCUGAUCGGCGGGUGCUGCUGAGGCGUUCUUCCUCUGAGUUACGCCUCCUGACUCCGGGCGGGUUUUCAGAGGAUUCCUACUGGAAGUACACGGAAAUGAAAAGAAAAGUAGUAAAUCCUGGCAAGCUGAGAUUGAGUCCUAAUGAGGAAGCCUUCAUUUUGAAGGAAGAUUAUGAAAGAAGACGAAAACUAAGAUUGCUACAGGUUCGAGAACAAGAAAGAGAUAUCGCCUUACAGAUAAGAGAAGACAUAAAACAGAGGAGAAAUCAGCAAUUUACUCGUUUGGCAGAGGAGCUAAGGGCAGAAUGGGAGGAAUCACAAACUCAGAAAAUACAGAACUUGGAAAAACUAUAUUUGGCAAGUUUAAGAAAUAUGGGAGAGGGACAUCAACAGGCCAAAGAAAAUGAGCCUGAUUUGGUUGCUCUGGCACAGAGGGCAGCAGAAAGGAAAAGAAAAGCAGAAGUGAGGCACAAAGAGGCCCUGAAAGUACAGAAAAAUCAAAAAGAAGUAUUAAUGGGACAAAAAACCUGGCAUAUAAAAGUUCGAAAGGAAGCACUGCUCGUGGAAAAACAAAGAUCUGCCAAAAUUACAAGUCUGCCACCUCCUCCUCCAUCUCUUUUUGAGAACCUUGAAGCAAAGAGAAUUUCUGCAGUUAACACCACUAGUUCUACCUAUCAUCAUCUUUGCACUUUUGUGAAUAGAGAGAUGGAUACAAAGCAGCCAGGUGCUCAUUUGGCAGCUGAAGAAGAAGCUAAACGAUUGGAAGAACUACAAAAACAGGCAGCACAAGAGAAAAUGGAACAGAUUGAAAAGGCUCAUGUACGGGGUUUCCAAGCAAUGAAAAAGAUCCAUUUGGCUCAAAAUCAAGAAAAGCUAAUGAAAGAACUCAAACAGCUACAACAAGAGGACCUGGCACGUAGGAGACAGACUGUAGCACAAAUGCCACCACAACUAGUUGAACUUCCAUACAAACGCAGUGAAAUGAAAGAAGACUGGCAGAGAGAGCUGGAAUUUGCCUUUGAAGAUAUGUACAAUGCAGACAGGAAGGUGAAAGGAAACCUGAUUUUGCAUCUUGAACCAGAGCCCUUGCCUAUAGUGACUGAUCAGAUCCAAGAUGAAGAACUGGACCUUUCAAUGGAACAAGAACCUCCAGGUGAAACUGAAAACUUUCAAGUAACAGAAGUAGAAAAAAUAUAUUCUAAUGGAACAGAAGUUCCCUUGGCAAUGGAAACCCAAGAGGCCCCUUCAAAAAUUCUUUUUAAAAAAUUAUUAAAUAAAAUCCGAAGCCAAAAAUCUCUCUGGACAGUUAAAUCCAUGUCUGAGGAUGAAAGUGAAAUGAUUACGACUGUUAAUCAAAUUGAGAAUAAAACACCAACAGUUGAAACGGGAACAAUUGCCAGUGAAGAGAGAUUAUCCUCUGAGCAGGAACAAGUUGUUGAAAGUGAUAUACUAACAAUUGAGUCUGGACCAAUUACUAAUGAAGAUAAAUCACUUCCUUGCAGUACAGAUUCUGGAAAGGAACAAGAAAUAAAUGAGCCUCUACCUAUCACAGCCGUAGCUCAGAAUUCAGUUCUACUUCAUCCUCAAGAAGCAGCAGCCAGAAUUAGAAUGUCAACAAGGCAGAAACAGAUAAUGGAAAUAGAAGAACAGAAGCAAAAGCAGUGGGAAUUACUUGAACAAAUUGAACAACAGAAGUUAAGAUUAGAAACUGAUUGCUUCAGGGCUCAGCUGGAAGAAGAAAAAAGGAAAAAAACUCAACAGACUGGGGUUGGCACUGCUCCAGCAUCAUGCUCUGUAAUUUCUGAUGAGGACAGUCAUAGGCAGAUGAUUCGUAACUAUCAACAUCAGCUUUUACAACGAAACAGGUUACACAGGCAGUCUGUUGAAACAGCCAGGAAGCAAUUACUCGAAUAUCAAGCUGUGUUAAAAGAAAGGUACCCAUCCAUGUCAGCUCCAUCAUUGAUAUCUGAUUCUGUGACAUCAGCACCACCAUGGAAAUCUGAAAGAUCCACUGCUGUAUCAGAGCAUUGGGAUCAAAGUCAGAAACCCAAAUUGAGUCCUAACAAAUAUCAAACCAUACCAAUCUCCAAAUUAGAACAAGAUCAUUUUCAGGUACCAAGACAAAAGCACUUUCCACAAAGACAGGUAGAAACAACAGAAACAUUAAGCAGUUCUGAUGUUUUAGCUACACAGUCUUUGGAAUCACAAAAACAUCUAAGGCAAUUCUCACAGACCGAAACACUACAGAGAGACUAUAAAUUGGUAUCUAAAGAUUCUCGUAUACUUUCAAGGGCUUUGUCACAUGAUAGGCCACUAAUAUUACAGGAUGCUAAAAAAAUAACUGAAACAUCUAGGGCAACAGCUUUUCAAACUUUAGAUUCCCAGCGAAUAGGCUUAGAGGACAGUGAAAGUAUACCUAAGAUAACUGAACCUUCCUCAUUCCUACCACUGGUACCUCAGCAUUCUUUUAGUUCUCUUCCUGUUAAAGGUGAAUAUGGAAAAAUCCAGGAAUCCUUUUCAACCGCAAGCAAAAGUGCGGUUUCUAUAAGCCAUUCUGUAAUUAGUCAAACACGUGAUAGGCCUUUGCCAUUCUCAGAGAAUAUCAUAGCCCAGCAAGGUAAUUUGAAGGCUCUCCAAGAACAGUUAGACCUGCAGAAGGAAGUUCUUCAGGCAAGACAGGAAGCUCAGGAACAAUUGAUUUUGUGUAAACAGAAGGAAUUGGAACAGCAAGCAGGCCUCCCUAUAUUCCUUCCAUUAGUGCCUUCAGAUUCAUUUGCUUUACUGCCUUCUGCCAAAGCUGAAUUGGGGAGAAUCCAGGAAUCUUCUCCAACCAAGAAUGAUACUGCAGUCUCCUCAGGCCAUCCUGUGGUCUCACAACCUCAGGAUAGGAUUUUGAAUUCUUCACAGCCUAUCUUAUUGCAGCAAAAUAAUUUUAAAUUUCUCCAAGAGCAGUUGAAUAUUCAGAGGGAUAUCCUUCAGGCUAGACGGGAAGCCCAGGAAGUAUUAUGUAUACAUAAACAGAGUGAAUUGGAUGGAAGAGUAUGUUCUGAAAAGGCUGAGCCCUCUUCUCUCCCAUUUCAUGUAGCUCAGCAUCCAUUUACUUCACUACUUUCUGCUGAUAUAAAAUCUGGAAAAAUCCAGGAGCCAUAUUUAUCUAAGAGUGAGAGAGGGUUUCUCUCAAGCCAAUCUGAAAUACCUAAAUCUCAGCAUGGGUCUUCGAGUUUCCUACAGCAGUUUCUACCUCUACAUGAUAGUUUGAAGUUGCUCCAAGAACAGCUGACUGUACAGAAGGACACUCUUCAGGCGAGGCAUGAAGCUCAGGAGGAGUUACUUGUACAUAGACAAAGGGAAUUGGAGGACAAGAAAUCUGGGCAGAUGAGUUCUUCCUUCUUGCCAAUGGUUCAACAUUCAGUUGCUUCACAAGCAUCUGCUAAAGCUGAGCCUAGGAGAAUUCAGAAAUGUUAUUUAUCUCAGGAGAGUAUAAUUCCUUCUAGUUAUUUGAUAACCCCAACAUUUCGGGAUAAGUCUCUUAAUUUUCCACAGCACGGACUGCCACAGCCAGAAAAGUUGACGAUACUCCAAGAACAAUCACACGUACAGAAGGUAAUACUUGGUGCUAAAGAAGAAACUCAAGAAUUUGUACACAAACAAACUGAACUAGAAAAAAUAAUUUCUUCUGAACAGACUGGCACCUCUUCAUCCCUAUCCCAGCUAGCUCAAUCUGAGAAAUUCCAGGAAUGUAUGUCAGUCAAGAGUGACAGUACAGUUCCUUUUAGUCAUUCCAAGAUCCCAAGAUUUCAGGAAAGACUUUUGAGGUUUUCACAGCAUAUACUACCUCUACAAAAUAAUUUGGAAGAACACCAAGAAUGGCUAGACACAGAGAAAGAGGCCUUUCAUUUUAGCCAGAAAACGCAAGAAAAUUCACCUUCUGAACAAACUGGCUCAUCAGCAGUAAUACCACAGUUACAGCUUUCAUUUACUUCCUUACCUUCUGCUGAGUCUGGUACAACCCAGGAACUGCUUCCGACAGUAUCUGAUAGUAAAAUUUCUUCAAGCCAUUAUCAAAUCGCACAAUUGCAGGAUAGGCUUUUGAGGAUAUCACAACUUAUCCAGCCUCAACAAGAUAAUUUGAAGGCACUUCAAGAACAGUUAGCUACGCAGAGGGAAGCCAUCAUUCAAUCUAGACAGGAAGCUGAGGAAGAAUUACUUUUACAUAAACAGAGUGAGUGGAAGGGAAGAAUAUCUCCUGAGCAGGUCAGCAUUUCUUCCUUACCACUAGUAGUGCAGCAUUCAUUUGCUUCAUUGCCUCUCACUAAAUCUGAAAGAAUCCAGGGACCUUGUCCAAGUAGCAGUGACAAUACAGUCUCCUCAAGUUAUUCUGAGAUACCAAGAUUGCCUGAUAGGCUGUUGAGUUUAUCACAUCCUAUUUUACCUGAACGGGAUAAUUUGAUUGCACUUCAAGAACACGUGCAUGCACAGACAAAUUCCCUUCCUCCUACUGAGAAAACUCAGAAAGAAUUGGUUUUGCCUACACAAUAUAAAUUUGAGGAAAAGGGAUCUUCUGAGCAUUUUGUCCAACCUCAUCAUGGUGAUUUGAAGGCCCUUCAACAACAAUUAGAUAUGCAGAGGAAAGCCAUUCGAUCUAGACAAGUCCAAGAAGAAUUGCUUUUGCAAAGAUUAAGUAAAUUGGAGAAAAGGGUAUCAUCUGAGCAGAUUACCUCCUCUUCAUUCUUAUCCCAGGUAGUACUGCCUGUGGCCGACUAUGAAAGAACCCAGAAGUCUUUUCCAACCAAAAGUAAUGAUACUGUUCCCUCAAAUCAUCCUGAAAUCCCAAGAUCUCAGGAUAGACUUUUGCGUUUAUCACAGCCCAUUCUGCCUCAGCAAGAUAAUUUGACAGCACAAUUGGGUUUACAAAGAGAAGUGGUAUAUUCUAAUGAAAAACCCCAGGAAGAGCUGCUUGUAAACAAACAAAGUGAGUCGAACAAAAAUGAAUCUGCUGAUCAUGGUAUCCCUUCUUUGUUUCUACCCAAGGAAACAGAGCAUUCAUUUAUUCCACUACCUUUUGCUGAAGCUAAAUCUAAAAGCAUUUGUGAACUGUAUUCAUCCCAGAAUGAACGUACAGCUCCCUCAAGUGAUUCUAUGAUCCCAAGAUUUCAAGAUAGAUUUUUAAGUUUUUCACAGCUUUUCUUAGUUCAGCAAGAUAACUUGGGACUUCAGAAGCAGUUGGAUCUACAAAGAGAGUUUCUGCACUGUAGCCAAAAAGCCCAGGAAGAAGUGCUUGUACAGAGACAAACAGCAUUGCAGCAGCAGAUAGAGAAACAUCAAGAGAUUUUGAAGGAUUUCUUUAAAGAUGGUCAGAUAAGUAAGCCCACAGUUGAAAAUGAUUUAAAAACCGAGAAGAUGGAGCAGCUUGGAGAGUGGCUUCCUCAUAUCCAAGACCUAGCAAGAGGUGAUCAGGAAAACAUUAGUCAUGCAGAUAGGAGUGACUCUGAUGAUAAUCAGCUGGUUUCAGAAGAUGUUAGUGCCAAGCAAAGUGGUGACCAUCUGAAUAAAGAACUGGGCAGAAGAUCCUCAAAGCCACCUGUAGCAAAAGUUAAAUGUGGAUUAGACUUAAACCAACAUGAACUUAGUGCUAUACAAGAAGUGGAAUCACCAACAAGUGGCAGAACUUCUAUACUAGGUAAACCAGGUUUUUAUCAAGACAGAGACCCCAUGAGGGUCUCAAUAAGCCGAGAACAGAGUUUCUUUGAGAGCCCACUGGCCUAUGAUCCAUUUGGUUGUCUUCAACCAAUUGACCAGGAGAAUGUCUGCGAUAAUGACUAUGAUGAAACAGUCAAGGUCAAGGAGUCUGUUGAGAAUCAAAGUUAUGCUGUGGAGGAAGAAGAGCAUAUAUAUCUUGGUUCAGCUGUAAAGCCAGAUAAUAAGGCUGAAACACAAGAGAUUUCUCAUGAGCCAUUAUCUUCAGAAACUGUUUCCACUGGGAGCUUUUUAAGUUAUCAGAACACAGAUUUGAGCCUUACAGAUCCAGAGUCUUUUCCAGAGCACAUGGAUGACAGGGAACAAGAAUCAAGCACCGGUAAAGAAAAGGAAACAGGUAUUUUAAGUCCUAUGUUUCCUUCAACUCAAGUUGUUUAUCAACAGCAGAUCUCUUCAGACAUUCAUAAAUCUCUGUUGCCUGCAGGAGAAUUUACAUCUGGUAGCAUACACUUUCAGCAGAUCAUAGACGAGUACAUAAAUGAAGCAAAUUUGAUACCUGAAAAAACAGAUUUGCAGGUUGAGCUCGACUUUCCAGAAUUGGAGCACAUUUUUCCAAAUUUGCAUCGUCAGCUGUUUAAACCCUUAGAACCACAUCCAGAUUUUGAUUUAUCAUCAUCCUCUGGGAUUUCCCAAGACAACAGAGAUCCUUACCAGAACUCAGAUUCUUCAUCUGAAAGCUACUGUGCUACUGUAUCAUCCAAAAGUACAGUUUCUUUUACAGUGCUUAGGAGGACCAGCCUGCAUUCUCCUCUUAACACAAGCCUGAAUCAGCAACCUGACCCUACCUUGACUCAUGGUGCAGCUCAGAGCUUUGCUACAGAAAAUAUUAUUGAGGGAUGUGACCAGACUUUUCAACAGCUUCUGCCAGAAUUUUCUUCACAGGAGGGGAGCGAGCAUGCCGAUCUACCAAGUAUUUUUAGCAUUGAAAGAAGAGAUUCUUACCAAGGCAUGGAAAAUCAGAACUGCUCCUCUGAAGAACAGACUGCAAUAUUACAAAAUAAGAAAAAAAGUGUCCAUUUCCAGCUCUCUGUAGGAAAUUUAAGUUCAGUCUGCAGUUCAUCUGAUGAGACCAAUGCAUUUGAUCAGUUACAUGGACAGCAUAGCACUCCAUGUGGUUCUACCUCUAGUGAGUCUUCAAUAAAACACGAACUGGAAAGCAGAAAAGAAAGGCUGAACUUUGAACAACUAUCAAAGACAGGGGUUGUAACAGUGUUACAAUGUGAAGGACUCAACAAAGAUGAAAAAAAUGAAAGUUGUAGGGUUUUAGAUAUAAAUCCACAUGUAGAGGAAACUGACUCUCAAUUAUGUGUAAGAACAGUGGAGAUGGGAACUUCAGUUCAGAUACCAUUAACUACUCAAAAUGAAAAAUAUUUUGAGAAUUCAACUAAAACUGAAACUCCAAAGAUCCUAAGAAACCUAUCUCAGUUACCACAAUCAGAGCUCUUUGUAAGUUCUGGAUCCUUUCCAUUACAGACCUCUAUUCCAAUCUGGGAAACAGAAACUGGCCAUGGUAUAAUGGAAGAACCAGAACUUACUUUAGUAAGCACCAGUGAUAUCAGUAUUGCUGAAACAGAUUUUGCAAACUUAACCCUAGAAGAAAAGAAAGAUAAUGAGGCAAAAAGCUGUUUUCAGGUGAGUGAAUUUCUGCCUCUUGUAUCAGAAACAGAAACCUCAACAGAAACCUCAGACUACCCAGCUGUAUCUGACUUUUCAAAGGAGAAGACUACAACAGUGUCUACAGAAACCCUUGCAAAGUUCACAGCAACACCAGGGAGUUUACAAGAGGCAUUUGUAAAGAGAAAAAAAACAUUUAUGGAGAGAUCCUACCAGAGGCAGAAAGAAAUAAGGAAUAAAAUACGUGUCCCUGAAAAUUCCCAAAUCAAAACAGCUAAGGAGAAAACAUCUACAGGUUCACCUGUGAGUCACCUAAAGGGUGUGAAUAAAGUUAGGUUGUCUUUUCCUGAAGACAGAAAGACUACACAAGCCCUCAUGCACCAAAGGGCUCUAAGAUUACACAAUCAGUCAGCUGAAGUGAAACAACAAAAGGAAGAGAAAGCAAAGCAAGAAGCUUAUGCCCAAAACAGAAUAAAGGCAAAAGAAUUUCAUAAGAAAACACUAGAGAAACUUCGAGCCAAAAAUACAUGCUGACUUUCUACAACAGCGUAAAGGGUUUAAUUAUUUGUGACAUUAGGCAAAAUUAUUUAAAGUUAAUAAAUUUCUAUUCAAGGAA